CUUUUUUAUUGCAUUCUUCAAGCACAAGCACAAUAUAAAUUUCAGUUUAAACGAACAUGGUUUGAUGUAGUCAAACUCCAUUUGUAUUCUAAACCCUGAUUGUACGUUUAGGAAUGCAGCGGUCUUCAUACAAUCACCACAUAACUUGUAAACUAAGCAUUUGCUCAUUUUGACACCCUUAUUCAGUCAUUCAUUCGAUGUGAGCACGGCCGUAAAUACAUGCAAUUUUGUUAUUUUGGUUGGCCAAUCAAAGUAUUGUUUGCUCAACGCUUACAAGCUUUGCGUUUUCAAUCGACCUGAUCGCAAGCAGUUGGUGUCAAAUCUGUUUUGAAUAGGUAUGAAUGAGCGAUUUAGCGGAUAAUCUGGACAACCCUUUAUUUGGUCGAUCGCUCAACAGGAACAUGGUUGAAGACUCUUCCAGGCUCAUCAUAGUCGACAACAAACAAAACAGUUUGAGUAUUUGCUUUUCGCAGGGAAUGUGGGCAGCAAUUGGAAUAGGCUUGAAUCAGCUGUAUACGUGCGCAACAGAGUCCAUCAGAUCAUGAAACAGCAGACCAAGCACUGCCUGGAAUAUUGAUAAGAUCAUUGAUAGGCAUAUUAAUAAUGCAUGACUGAAUUGUUCAUGCUUUCCCAUCAACCAACUCAACUAAAAACAUCAACUGUUUGAACAUUCAUUUGUCCUCAGCUAGUCAAUCUUUAAUGGCAUUUGGAGUGUCACCGCAGCAACAGGACUCUAACUCGCAAGUCGGACAGGCUUUAGUCACUGCUCUUAUUGUAGAUUUUGUCCUUCAAUUUGUUGCAUAUGCACUGUCAGCGGUGUUUGCAACUGAGAAAUUGUUCGAUUUGUCUGGUGCUCUUACUUUUAUUGCCUGCACUCUCAUUACCAUGCUGUUAAGAUAUAACCAUGGAUCAAUUGCAUCACUAGGCUUCCGUCAAAUCCUCGUUGGUGUAUGUAUUCUUUUAUGGACAUGCCGACUUGGUUUCUACUUGUAUCGACGGGUUCUUAAAAUAGAGGACAAGAGAUUUGAGCAGUACAAGGCCAGCCCAGUUGCAUUUACAAUUCCCUUUUUUAUGCAGUUUAUCUGGAUUUACCUUACUGCGUUUCCGGUUUUAGUCAUUCUUGCCAACCAUACAAAUACUCAAAAUUAUUUUGAAUGGACUGAUGCUGUUGGUGCAGUGAUUUGGCUUGCUGGAUUUUUAAUUGAAAUCAUUGCGGAUGAAACAAAGUCUGCGUUCAAAUCAACUCAUCCAGACGACUUUAUCUCGACUGGAAUCUGGACGUAUUCUCGAUAUGCAAACUAUUUUGGUGAAAUAACUCUUUGGGUUGGAAUGUUCAUUAUGUGCUGCGGUGGGUUUGUUGAAUACUGGCAAUGGGUGACAAUUAUCUCGCCUCUCUUUAUUAUGUUCCUUAUCUUGUGUGUAAGCGGUGUUCCUAUCUCUGAAAAAAGUGCAAUCAAGAGAUAUGGUCACCGUCAAGACUACCAAGAUUAUGUUGCGAGAACAUCAAAGAUUAUUCCGUGGUUUCCGCGUAAUAUAACAUCGGUAUCUGUUCCAGUCGAAACAACGCAUCUGACAACAGCCGCAGCCAAUGCAACUACUCAACCAACUAUUGACGAGGUCGUAUAGCAGGGUUAAUGGACUACAGUCACGAGACACUAUUUGGAUCUACUCCAAGCAUCGCAUGUUCAUUAAAUUAUUCGGGCCGACUAGUUUAUUUGGGGUUUUUGAUAAACCUGCUUUUUUAUUCAAACUAUUCUCGACUCGCUUUAUAAGCCAUAUCUUCAAGACACAUUUGUUGGUUUUGGUCGCUACAGGAAUAAAUUGUCAUGUAUU